AUGGGAGAUUUCAUCGACGCGGACGUGAUGGAUGAAAUGCCCGAUGUGACAGCGGUCGUGGCGCGGCCGCUACCGGUACCCAACGCCCCAUAUCGACCACGCAAGUACCAGCUUGAAAUGCUGGAAGCGAGUAUGAAAGAGAAUAUCAUUGUUGCGAUGGACACCGGUAGCGGGAAGACCCAUAUAGCCAUCAUGCGCAUCAUGGCUGAACUGCAAAUAUGCGCAACAGAACAGAUGGUCUGGUUCCUCGCUCCAACUGUGGCACUGUGUAUGCAACAGCAGGAAGUUAUCGAGUCGCAGAUCCCGAACGUACGGAGUCGGGUAUUGACUGGCAAAGAUGAUGUCGAUCGGUGGACUAAGCAGUCGAUCUGGAACAACUUCCUUCGAGGUGUUCGCAUAGUAGUAUCCACUCAUGAUGUGCUUUGUGAUGCGUUGAAUCAUGGCUUUGUUCAGAUUUCACAGCUGGCUUUGAUGGUCUUUGAUGAAGCUCACCACUGCCGACGUCGCCACCCGGCAAAUAAGAUCAUGCAGUAUCACUAUCACCCCAUACGCCAGAGGCUUGGACCGGAAGCGGUUCCCCGAAUCCUAGGAUUGACAGCCACUCCGAUCGUUCGAUUCAGGAAGAAGGAACUGGCGGCCAUAGAGGCAAAUAUGGAUGCAGUGUGCAAAACACCGUCUCUGCAUCGUGACGAAUUGCUUCAGUGUAUACAUCAACCUCGUCUUGACCUUCUCACAUAUACCCCAGACCAAAGUGAGCACGGCAUUGGAAGCCAGUUGCUGCUCCCGCUCCAACGAUGCAUUGAAAACUAUGAUAUCGAAGAGGACCCGUCCGUCGAGCUGUUGCGUGAAAAUAUAGACCAAGACGAACACCUCGAAUUCGUCCUCAGGACAGGAGACACAUACUGCAAAGCACAACUCGACCGGUUCUUUGAACGGUGCUGCCACAUAUACGACGAACUUGGCGGCUGGGCAACGGACUACUUCAUCGAUGCGUCCAUCGACCAGCUGCGAAGCUCGAUUGAAAACGACGAGGCAAUGCCAGACCUGGACCGAAUGGAAAGGGUUUAUCUUCUCAAAAUGCUGGCAGAAGUGUCUAUGCCUGACGAUGCGAUGGGCGACUUCCACGUCUCGGAGAAGCUGACGAAGUUGCUCGAGUAUCUGGAUGAACAGGAUAACCCAGACCCCUCGAGUAUUAUCUUUGCCAGACGCCGUGUCGUUGUCACUGUCCUCACGCGUAUCCUGUCUAUCCACCCGAGGACAAAGGAGAAAUUCCGAUGUGCUUCGUACGUGGGGUGGUCGAGGUCUAGUAACGAGGUCGAGAUCCUCGGGGACUUGCUGUCUGAAGAUAUGCAACUAGGAACCCUCGCCGAGUUCAAGUCAGGCAGGAAGAACCUAAUAGUCGCGACCGACGUUCUCGAGGAGGGAUUGGACAUUAGCUCAUGCAGCUUGGUGAUAUCUUUCGACAAACCUUCAAGUUUGAAGUCGUUUAUACAACGGCGGGGCAGAGCAAGGAGUGAGAACUCAGCUUUUGCGAUUCUCUCACCAAUGAGAGAUGCUUUGUCCAAUGUGCAGGAGUGGCAAGAGGUUGAAAAGGUGAUGGUGGAUGCGUGCAAGGACAAACAACUCCAGGAAAGUGAGCUGGAAAGUGAGAAAUUACGAAAGGGCUCGGCGGGGCCCACGUUCUGGGCGCCACAGCAUCGCAUCGUCACAGCUAUAAAUGCCUGUCUUUCCUUGGACGACGCUUUUAAGCAUCUCCAACAUUUCUUCAGUUGUCUUUCCCCCGACGACCGAGGCCGCAACUUUUACCCGGUGUCAAUCUACCAGCACCAAGAUACUCGACUGUUUCAAGCAACAGUUACCCUCCAUCCGACCCUCGAUCCCUUGACACGAACUGUGCGAGGUCUGACUUGGUGGCCCACCGCAAAGGGUGCCAAAAAGGAAGUUGCUUUCCUCGCCUACAAGACCUUGUUCGAACAAGGUAUCGUCGACGACCACCUCCUCCCAGCAGCCACGAGUACCGACACCAUGGGAGACGACGACAAUACAGGGAGCUCUCAGGAGGUGGAAGAUAUCUUCCGCCGGCUGGCACGUUGUUGGUCACUCACAAACAUGUACUUCGCGACGACGAUCACGUUCUCGCUGAAUGGUGUCGUGGAUGAUGACCUGACUACAGUCAUGGUUUUGCCAAGAGCCAUGACUAUGCCGAAACCGUUUACCCUCUACUGGGACAUCGAACAGCAAUACGUUGCUUCAUUCAGCGCACCUACGCGUAUUAAAGGUGUUACGAAGGAUCACAUCUACUGGAUGCGCAAGGCGAGUGCCAUUUUCGACCGCGGCUCAAGAUCACGCAGCUCUGCGCGUCUGGCUCCAGAGGAUCCUGUGGCUCCGUUCGUUCCUAACAUCCCUCUAGACGCCCUGGAGGGGUGGGUACGGGAUCAUGAAGCCGAACCAGAGAGCGUGAUCGAGCUCUAUCGCAAGGACCCAAACUCGCUCCCCACAGGCGUCAUCCGUGAUAAGAGCGCGUAUGCCGAGCCACGCCGUGCUAUCAAGUGGGUUGUCGAUGAACAGAAGCGCGAUGUUUACCUGUACUGUGAAACCUUUGCCAAACGGGUAAACAUCCUCAAGAAGGAGUCUUUGUACCAGGAUCAAGAGAGAGCCCAUAAGCCGAAGGAGAAGAGGUACGAACAUCUUCCCGCCAGCUCAUGCACAGCUGAAAGGCUUUCUGCAAAGUCUGCUGUUAUUGGACGCUUCAUCGCACCCAUCCUGUUUGAAUUCGAGAGGACAGCAAUCGCAUACGAAUGGCUCCAUGGUACAUCUCUGUUUCGGAGACAACUGAAUUUUAGUGAUAACGUUACUCCUGUCAUUACUGCUUUGACAACGCCGAGGACGUUACUCAAACCGGACUACGAGAUGUACGAGUUCUUCGGAGACGGAGUUCUCAAAUUCGUUGCGAGCUGCCAAGCCUAUUUCGAUCACUUGUCCUUUCCCGAAGGCAGACUGUCGAAACAACGUGAUAAGAAUAUCAACAAUCGGUACCUCGCCGCGAAGGCGACCGAUAAGUUCAUUGACAGACACGUGUUUAACGAUAGGUUUGUGCCAACGGAUUGGAAAAUGCCCUCCAUCUCUGGAAAGAUUGCCCAGGGACGACGUUAUCGCGAUAAAGAUUCCCGCCUCUCUACGAAGACCCUCGCGGACGUUGUCGAAGCUUUUUUCUGGGCAGCUUAUGUUGAUGGAGGCAUCCAGAAAGCCUCGAUUUGCAUAAACUUGUUCAUCAAGGAGUUCGACUACAAUGCCCUCACGGAAACGGUUGCGAUGCUUGCUACCGUUAGCGGACCAACCGGGCAUCUGCAGUCGACCAAUAUGCAAAUCCUCUCGAACCUUCUCGGCAGUUACCGUUUCAACAACUGGACGUUGCUGGAGCAAGCACUUACCCCGUCAUCGGUAACUUCCGAUAUCGAUCGGAAUUACCAGCGUCUCGAGUUUCUGGGUGACGCUGUUCUGGACAUGCUCGUCAUCUCAGAACUCGAUAGCCUUCUCUCGACCAAGACUGACGUUCGACCGGGUGCGGUGACACUCCUGAAGCACGCCGUAGUGAACGGUAAUCUGCUCGGUUUCCUCUGCAUGCGACACCGGGCUCAAGCAGACAGCAUUAUGCCAUGGGGCGGUGCUAGUCCAACAAGCUCGGAGCCGCAACCCCUCUACCGUUUCCUCCGCGGACUCGAUGAUUUCAUGAGCAAGCCGAAUGUCGAGGACUGUCUCCAACGUUACGAUCAGUUUAACCAGGCGGCGACUGACAAACUCGCGAACGGCAGCGAGCACCCCUGGGUUGAAUUGCAGGAGAUCCGUCCAGUCGACUUGCUCUCCGACAUUGUGGAAUCUGUACUUGGAGCCAUAUUUGUCGACUCGUGUUUCGACCUUACCCCCUGCAGGCAGUUUAUGGAGGCACUGGGCUUUUGGGAGAUCCUCCACCGAUACAUCCACCAGCAAGUGGAAGUGCGGAAUCCGCGGAACAUCGCGGCUGCAAUCGUCAAGAAUCAGUGGGAGGUGGACUUCGACUACCGUCACAAGGUAGUCCCCCCAAACAGAGAAUCCUGGAGCGUUACUGUUUUCGUUAGGCACCGUAUCUCCAAGCAGAUCGUCAAUAUGUCCACUGACGAAUCUUCUGACAACAAAGACGCGGCAACACUUAGGGCCCUGGCAAUCGCAAUUCCCGAACUGCGCAAGUUCGAGGAACAACGUGCCUUGGAUGAAGCUGGUGUCGAAGAAGAUCGGAGGGCCAACAAACGGCAGCGCGUCCGGGAUCGAAGAGCCCGAAACAGAUCGAGGAAGGCAAGCCUGUCGCAGCAGCCAAUGGGCGGACAGUCUGAGUCUACUGGCAGUACCCGAACAACAGGUGACCAGGCCCCAGUCCCUGACGAACUAUCUGCAGGAAGGGAAGCGGAAAAGGGGCCCGAACAGGGGGGGCCAUCAUCAACAAGCCCGCCACCAACAAGCCAAAAGCCAAUAACGCGGUCCUCAGGCCCAUCACCCACUCACCUGCUUGGAUCAAACCCACCUCCACCGAGCCCACCUGGUAGCAGCACCUCUGGGGGCCUUCCAUAUGGCCCGUCAGUCUAG